GCCAGCCAUAAACACCAGCAGUCCCCGGCCAGCAAGAAGAUGCACAAAACUUCUCUGAUCUCUCUCUCGGUCCCUCGUCCCCUCGGACCCCUCCGGCCUCCCUAUCAUCUUCUUCCUCUCUGUUCUCCUUGUCUAUAAGUAAUGACAAACCUGCAAUCAUCCAUAACCGAAGGCAAAAGCUCUUUGUCAUUUAAUUCUAGACCGAAUUCGUGGGGGCGCCCCACCUGCCUGCCUGCCUCCGCUCCUUGUCCUUGCUGUGCCUAGACAUCUGCUUCUCCUCAUCUCCUCUCUCGUGCUUCGCCUUUUCGGAGACGGUCGUGGCGCCAGCGGCGUUAAAAUUCGAUUUCCGGCGAGCUUGUCGGAGGAAAAGUUGGUUUUUUUUUUGGUUGGGAUUGCUCGUGGCUACAGGAAACCGUGGCCCAUUUCUGCUUCUUGAUUUCGGUCCGUGCUGUUAGUUUGGCGUGAUUUUUGGCCACUAAACUGUUGGACCGAAGAUUCCAUUUUCGUUUCUUGCAAACACCAAAGCGGUGCUAGUGGGGAGAUUUGGCUACAAGGCUUGGUGUUUGCAAACACCAAGAAGUCAAGAACCGAAUGCACCGGCGCUGGUGACGAGAUUCGAAUCCAUUUUGAGUGUGAGAUCAAGCACCUGUGAACUCUGAAUACCGGUUCUAAAGACAAGAUUUUCCAUUCGAGGAACUGUCGCUGAGGGGAGAUGAGCUCAAUGGCAUCGCUGUCAGAAAGUGAGCUGACAAACCGGGGAAGCAUGUGGGAGCUAGAUCAGAACCUUGAUCAACCCAUGGAUGAGGAGGCAGGCAGGCUGAAGAAUAUGUACAGAGAAAAGAAGUUCUCAUCAGCUUUGUUACUACGGUUGGCAUUUCAGAGCCUUGGGGUGGUCUUUGGUGACUUGGGCACGUCACCUUUAUAUGUGUUCUAUAAUAUAUUUCCUCGUGGAAUAGGUGAGGGUGAGGAUGAGGAUGUUAUUGGAGCUCUUUCCUUGAUUAUUUACACCCUCACUUUCAUACCGCUUCUGAAGUACGUUUUUGUUGUCUUGAGGGCAAAUGACAACGGUCAAGGCGGUACAUUUGCUCUUUAUUCCCUGUUAUGCCGUCAUGCAAAGAUCAACACCAUACCUAAUCAACACAGGACCGAUGAGGAAUUAACGACGUAUAGCCGGCAAACAUAUGAAGAGAAUUCAGUUGCAGCAAAAAUAAAGAGAUGGAUAGAGUCACAUGCAUAUAAGAGAAACAUUCUUCUUGUUCUUGUUUUAAUUGGUACUUGUACAGCAAUUGGAGAUGGAAUCCUUACGCCUGCUAUAUCUGUUCUUUCUGCAUCAGGUGGCAUUAGGGUCCAGAAUCAGAAUAUGAGCACCGAUGUUGUUGUGCUCGUCGCCGUGGUCAUCUUAAUUGGAUUAUUUAGCAUGCAACACUAUGGAACAGAUAAAGUGGGACUGCUCUUUGCACCGAUAGUUCUCCUAUGGUUCAUCUUAAUUGGAAGCGUCGGAGCUAUAAACAUACACAAGUAUAAUAACUCUGUGCUAAGAGCAUACAACCCGAUAUCUAUAUACCGUUUUUUCCAACGGAGAAGAAAUUAUGACAUAUGGACGUCUCUUGGAGGAAUCAUGCUUAGCAUCACGGGAACCGAAGCGUUAUUUGCUGAUCUCUGUCACUUUCCUGUAUUGGCAAUUCAGAUUGCUUUCACCUUGAUUGUGUUUCCAUGCCUUCUACUGGCGUACACAGGACAGGCUGCCUACAUAAUUUCCAACAAAACACAUGUGGCUGACGCCUUCUAUCGAUCAAUUCCAGAUGCCAUAUACUGGCCCGCCUUUGUCAUAGCAACUGCUGCAGCAAUUGUUGCAAGUCAAGCUACCAUAUCUGCAACCUACUCAAUCAUAAAGCAAGCUCUUGCACUUGGUUGCUUCCCCCGCGUGAAGAUAGUCCACACCUCGAAGAAAUUCCUUGGGCAGAUUUACAUGCCUGACAUCAAUUGGAUCCUUCUGGUUCUCUGCAUUGCCGUGACUGCAGGAUUCAAGAACCAGAGCCAGAUAGGAAAUGCAUAUGGUACUGCUGUGGUUAUAGUGAUGCUAGUUACCACAUUCCUGAUGGUGCCAAUAAUGCUGCUGGUAUGGAAGAGCCACUGGAUCCUCGUGGUGACCUUCAUCGUGCUGUCGCUCAUGGUGGAGGUUCCCUACUUCGUGGCCUGCAUACUGAAGAUCGACCAGGGUGGCUGGGUCCCACUCGUCGUGGCGACGGCCUUCUUCCUCAUCAUGUACGUGUGGCACUUCUGCACGGUGAAGCGGUACGAGUUCGAGAUGCACAGCAAGGUGUCCAUGGCGUGGAUCCUGGGGCUGGGCCCGAGCCUGGGCCUGGUGAGGGUCCCAGGGAUCGGCUUCGUGUACACGGAGCUGGCGAGCGGCGUGCCGCACAUCUUCUCCCACUUCAUCACCAACCUCCCCGCGAUCCACUCGGUGGUGGUGUUCGUCUGCGUCAAGUACCUCCCCGUGUACACCGUGCCGACGGAGGAGCGGUUCCUGGUGCGGAGGAUCGGGCCCAGGAGCUUCCACAUGUUCCGGUGCGUGGCGAGGUACGGGUACAAGGACCUGCACAAGAGGGACGAGGACUUCGAGAAGGUGCUGUUCGACUGCGUCCUCUUCUUCGUCCGGCUGGAGAGCAUGAUGGAGGGCUACUCCGACUCGGAUGAGUUCAGCGUGCCGGAGCAGGCGCCCGGCAUCGGCCGCGCGGCGUUCUUGAGCGUGGGCGAGCGGACCUGCGCGACUGUGUGCUCCAGCGGUGAUCUGAGCUUCUCGUCACAGGACUCGGUCGUGCCCGCCGCCGCGCAGUCGUCCCGAGCGCCGACGGGGCUGCGGGUGCUGCACUACUCGGCGUCGGCGUCGGCGGCGGGGCAGGGCAGCAGCGGCGGAACGGUGGGCGACGAGCUGGAGUUCCUGAACCGGUGCAAGGACGCCGGCGUGGUGCACAUCCUCGGGAACACCAUCGUGCGCGCGCGGCGGGAUUCGGGCGUCGUGAAGAAGCUCGCCGUUGACUACAUGUACGCUUUCAUGAGGAGGGUGUGCAGGGAGAACAGCGUCAUCUUCAACGUGCCCCAUGAGAGCCUGCUCAAUGUCGGGCAGAUAUUCUACAUCUGAAUAUCUGUCUGAUGAGAGAUAGAUAGCCUUGUUCUUCGUCCUUUUGUGUCCCGGGUACGGUAGGAUAUGUACACUAUUGUCUUGUAUCGUACACUUGUACAGAAUAAAACAGUGAGCUUUUAGUGGGGC